AUGCGCGUGUUCGAAUCACGCCGGAGUCAUUAUUUUUUGCACUUGUUCCCGCCUUGGCACCUGCACCGAGAUAAUACAACGUUCGGUGGGAGAUUCAUCAAGUUUACAAGCAUCAUGGCACGCCGGAAACAGGUCAACAAGAACGAAAGUGCUUCAAGUAGAAGCACUGCAGCUAUUUUUCAGAAUAUUGAAAAUGCGGAACAAUUAGAAGAGACAACAUCCCCAAGAACGACCAAGCAUGAGGAAUUGUCCCAGGCACCUGAGCCAGAGACCCAAGAAGAGGUUAAGUUUCCACUCAGUGUUUUGUACGAGUUUCAAGACUUUUUGAAUCUCCACAUGAACUUUCGCAAAGGUGUUGAGGUCUUGACAUGCUUAUACUAUUGCCAGAUUAGUUAUCUCUAUUUGGAGAAGGACUUUGCGGCGGUGCUGGCUAUAGGUUUCAACAUCCUUGGAGCACUCUUGGCUAUGUAUUUGAGUCAUCGUUCGUUGGUGAAGAAAUACAAUGCGGAUCCAGAGAACACAGUUUACCCAGCCUUGCCCGAAUUCAACACCAUCUACGCUUUCCUUAUUCCAAUUCUGUUUCUGAUUUUGCUUGGCGACACAACAUCACCAUUUUUCCAAAUGAACUUGGCUUUGAACAAUUUUUGUGUUAAGUCUUUGCAUCCAGUGGCGAAGGUAUUAUCCUCCUUUGUUUUUUACUACAUGUACAAUGAAAACGAGACUUUGGAACUUUUCGAAUUCGUCCGUGCCGUUUGGUUGUACUUUUCCUUGGAAAUGGCUCUCACUACCUGGAAUGAACACAGAGAGGAUGAUGAAGAUGAUACUGUUAAGACGACUUUGUCAGCAACAGAGAUACAUAUCAUCUGUGUAUUCAUUGUCAACCUCUUGUGCAAUUUCCAUGUGGAGUUAAAUGACACGACUAUUGUGUUAUACAUUAUUCGUGCAUUGAUGAUCUCACUCAUUGUUGCUUUUGGUAUUUCAUACCCUCUUUACUAUGGCACACGCUAUCUUUCUGGCGGUGCUCUUUUCGAAAUUGCAUCUCUUGGUGUCAUUGGAGCUUUCGCUGCUUCUUUUUAUUACACGAUGAAUUAUCUUUUCAGAACACAGACAAUUGAUGUCGAGGUUAUCUCUUGGUUGAUCAACUACAUUACUUCGUCUGAGAUGCGAGUGAGGCUUCUUGCAUCGUGGGUUCUUCUUCUUGCGAUCGCCAUUCCAGUUAUGUUCUUAUUGUCUUCAAAGAAAGUUAUAUCCCUCAAUCUCAGCAGGAAAGCUUGGCACUUCAUGUUAACAGGUGCGAUUUCGUACCCAGCAAUGACUCAAGAACCUGUUUUUGUGGCCAUUGCUGUUUCGGGGUCUGUGUUUGUAUUUAUUGCCAUCGAAGCAGUGCGUUGUACUCGACUCACAUUUUUGGGCAAGUUCUUGCAUAGUCAACUUGCGCAUUUCCAAGAUGAAAAGGAUACAAAGGGUCCUUUGAACUUGUCCUAUAUCUUUUUGCUUAUUGGUGUGGCCGUCCCUAUCGUGUAUGGUGCUCUAAUUGAAGACCUUGUUUCUUUAAGAUCUUAUAUCGGGGUUGUCGCUUUAGGUUUGAGUGACUCAAUGGCAUCUAUCGUUGGCUCAAAGUUUGGUAAACAGAAAUGGAAGGGAGGUAAUCGAACUUUGGAAGGAACAUUGACGUACCUCGUCGUUUUUCUUGCAAGUUACGGUGUCAUUGACUCUUUUAUUUUGCAAAAGGAAGGCACCAAUUGGGAAAACAUUUUCAUUGUAGCGCUCUCAGGCUCUGUUCUUGAAGGUGCGGCUACAUUGAAUGACAAUGUUUUAAUUCCAUGCAUGUGUCUAAUCAUGUAUGAGUUGUUAAACGCGACUUUCUAG